GAUGACGUCGGCACCGCCGCACAUGCGCACUGUGAAAGAACGCUGAGUGCCUAACGUCAAGAUGGCAUCCUCCUCGACAACAGAGGCCCUUUGGUAAAUUUAUUCCGCAUUUACUCGACAUUUUUUUCGCUGUCGGCGGCAACAAGGAAAGCGUUUUUUUUAUAAAAAGUCGCGCUUGUCGUCGUCGACUUUAAUGAAAUGGCGACUAAAGCCCGCCGCGCUCUUGUAGGCCUCUGACGUCAUCAUUAAUGGACGGCUACAAAGCCAGCGUUGUUUGCUACGAUGAGAUAUAAAAACGCGGUGCGCGACAAAGUCGGACUCGUUGAUGCUGGCGUGUGCUCUGAGAAGAGAUCUUAAGGCGCGAUAUGUCAAGUGUGACAAUAUAGCCGCGCAUGCUAGGCUAGGCUAACCUGACCUCGUCCAGGGAGCUUAAGUCAGUUUAAAAUGUUCCUAGGUAACAAUUUCACCUCCUUGAAGGAGGAAGAUCCGGCCAUUUAGCCAGAAUUAACAUCAAUUAGUGGUGAACUCUCCUAAGUGACGAUUGUACCUUAUUAAAGGUGCAGUAGUGGAACAUCCGGGCAUUUCGCUAGUAAGUGGAACAUCCGGGCAUUUCGCUAGUAAGUGGAACAUCCGGGCAUUUGGCAGUAGUGCAACAUCCGGGCAUUUAGCCAGUAUUAACAGCACUUAAUGGUGAAUUAAUCCAAGUGGACUUAUUAGCUUCCAUGAGGGAGCCUCGCUCUCGGACUUGACCGGGCGGGGUUGGUGGGGGCGGCCAAGAUGUCGGAGCUGCCGCAGAUGCCGCCGGAGCUGUGGGUGUCGGUGUUCAGCUACCUGAGCACGGAGGAGAAGCACGCCGUCCGCGGCUGCUGCCGAGCCCUGAAGAAGCUGGUGGACCACCCCUACCUGUGGAGGAGGUACACGGUGGUGCUGACGGAGCUGCGCCGCUACACCUUCGGCUUCUGGGACACCCUGCGCCAGCGCAAGCUGACCCGGGUGGCGGUGCGCCACCUCCGGCGGAAGGAGUGGCGGCGGCUGGUCAAGUUCCUGCCGACGCUCACCGCCAUCGUGUUCGUGGACGGCGGGCGGGUCUACAAGCAGAAGUACCUGGACCACCUGAUGCAGUUCCCGGACAUCAGGGACGUGGGCGUGCGGGACACCACCUGGACGGAGCCCAUGUUGGGCCCCGGCCUGAUCGCCCACCUGAAGGAGCGGCUGACGCACCUGAGCGUGUGCAACGUCAGCCUGCCGUGCACCGUGGCCUUCGUCGCGGCCGUGUCGCAGCUCGGCAACCUGCGCUACCUGCUCUUCCACCAGCAGGGCUACGGCCUGGACAAGGUGCGCCCCGUGCCCCGUGAGGACUUCCACCACAUGAUGGUGCGCCUGAAGAAGCUCAAACACCUCUCGUGGGGGAUGCGGGGGGAGCCCCAGGAACCUCUGCCGGAUGACUACCUGAGCCCCCCGGACCCUCGGCAUCCAGGCUCCCAGUACGGCGGCCCGGCCCUGACCACCUUGGAGCUAGUGGACUACCCCGAGACCAUCCUGCCCGAGACGGCCCUCUGGAGCCUGACCUCGCUGCGUUCGCUGACGGUGCGCUACAGGUACAUCCGGGAUGGCGUGGACUGUCGCCUGACCUCCUGGCUGACUCCCCUCAAGAACCUGGAGUCUCUCAGCAUCAUCGACAGGUGGGAACUCCCUGGCGGUCUACACCACCACCAUCCCCGCCAGCGUGACCAGCCUGACUCUGCGCGUGGCCAUCACUCUCAAGGACCUGGACUCCAUCGCCCCCAAGGUCCUGUCCCUGGAGCACCUGGACAUCGAGCAGAACCGCUCCAGCGGCAGCCUGUGUCGCCGCAUCCCCAUGCUGUUCCCCCAGCUCAAGACUCUGCGCAUCAGGUUCUUCCGCCGGGAGCCGGAGAAGGACCUGCUGAGCCUCCACCGCCUGCGGCACCUGGAGCGGCUGGAGCUGCUGGUGGAGCGCUCCUUCAUCCUGAGGGACUACCUGAACGGACACCCCUGGCCCAGCCCCACCGUGCAGGGGCUCAUCAACCAGCUGCGGGGCAUGUCGGCCAACCGCAUCACCGUGGUCACCGCCAUGCGCCUGAGGAACCCCCUGCGGGAGUGCAACUGCGUGUGGGAGGGAGACCGAUGAGUACUCCUCUUUUCUCCCAUUCAGGACUUUCACCCAGCUUCAUUCCCGCUUUCCUUGAUUUUGCAUCUUACUAUUUCGGAUCAUUGAUCGUAAUCAUUGAUCGCUAAUGCUAGGCUACACGCUAAAUGAGCUUUUAGCCCCAACAGCAUUACACGGUGAGUACUUGGUACUCGUGGACCGGGUGAAGGAUGUACAGCACUUUGGCUUUCUGGAAAGAGGCGCUAAAUAAAUUCUGAUGAAAAAGA